UGCGCUUUUGCAAUUUAUUUUGGUAUUAUUAUUCUUUUUUAUCGGCGAAGGGAACGCUCCAACGCCUGCGUGCGAUUCGGGGCUCUGGUGGCCCGGGGCUUGGCUUCCCAGGGCUCCCAGCCCGCACGGCCGGGGCUACCGGCGGCACCGCUCCCGCAGCGCUCCCCGACGUGCAGCCCCCGCGGCCACCGAGCCCCGGGCCGGGCCGGGGCAGCCCGGAGCCCCGCGGCGGCUCGGUGCCGGAGGAAGGGAGCAAUCCCCUUCUGGUUCCCGGACAUCCGCAGCGUGACGCCGGGCUCGGCUCGGCUCGGCCCGGCUCGGCUCUUCCCUUCCCUUCCCUUCCCGUCGGCCGGCUCCCGGCGCCGUGAUUGACACCGGCGGCCCCUCCGCCCGCCCCGCGGCACAUCCCGGCCCUCCCCGGCGGCCGCUCGCCGUGCCCGGGAGGCGGGGAAGGGCCUCCCCAGCCCUUUGACACCGUCUCGGCAGGAGUUUCACUUCGCUUUCGCCGCCGCCGCCGCCGCUUCUGCAGGCAAACACCCCCGGCUUCCAUGUGACGCCUCCCAGCCGCUGAACGGGGGAAAAGCGCCUCCAAGGGAGCCACUGUCCCUGCGUGCGGGGGGGCACGGGGGGGCAGGAGCAGGAGGUGGCGGCUGGGGGAAGGGAAGAGAGGAGAGAAAUUAAUAAACUGCACAGAAAGAAGUUGUGGGGGAGAGAAACUGAGACCCCGGGGAAGGAAUUCGGGGGGUUAUUUAUUUGUCUCCCCCCCCCCCCGCCCCAAUCCCCUGUCCCCAGCAGGGCUCGGUCCGGGCGCUGCAGCGCUCGGCGCUGUCCGCACAGGGCCCCGGGGCAGUUUUUUGCUCCUCAACGCCUUUCCCGAGGGGGGGGCAGAGGCUUUGGGUUGUUUUCUUUUUUUUUCUUUUUUUUUUUUUUUUUGUUUGUGUGUGUUUUUUGUUGUGUUAUUUUUUUUAGCUCCCCUCCCCCUUGUGUGGAAGGAGGGGGGGUCCCGCUCGCACCUCCCUGGAUGGUGCGCUAGAAAGGAGGGGAGUGAGGGGCGGGAGGGGGGGGCUCGUGGUGGGAGGCUGCCGCGGCUGCCGCUCCUGCAUUGGUGUCUCCCCUAUGGACGAAAACAGCCCUCUGUCUCCCAAGGCAAAUGCUUUCAGUAUCGCCUCUCUGAUUUCAGUCGCCGCCGCCGCCGAGCGAGCAGGGAAGGGAGCGCUGGAGGAGCGCCGCGGUGGCCGCAGCGCGCCCGCCGGCCCCGCCAGCCGCCCGCCGAAGAUGCACUUCAGCACCGUCACCAGGGACAUGGAAGCUAUCUCCAGCCCCUGGCUCACCCAGCUGUCCCAUUUUUGCGAUGUUGCAGCUUUCACGGCCAACAGCCUGAGCAGCCUGAACGCCUCCGGGGGGUACCACCUCUCCCCCUCCCCGGGGGACCCGUACGGACAGCAUGAGCCGCCGCACUACGAGCCCUGCACGGCUCAGCAGCACCCGCACCCGCCGCCCCAGCCCCAGCACGGCUACCCCUUCGGCGGGGCGGCGGCGGCCGGGGCCAACCCGCCGCCCCCCGGCCCCGAACCGCCCGAGGGCGCCGGGGGAGCCGCCGCGGGACCCGCCGCCGUCUCGGGCUGCUCCGCGGGGGCGGCCGCCGCGGCCAAGGCGCCGGUGAAGAAGAACCCGAAGGUGGCCAACGUCAGCGUCCAGCUGGAGAUGAAGGCGCUGUGGGACGAGUUCAACCAGCUGGGCACCGAGAUGAUCGUCACCAAGGCCGGCAGGCGCAUGUUCCCCACCUUCCAGGUGAAGAUAUUCGGCAUGGACCCCAUGGCUGACUACAUGCUCCUCAUGGAUUUUGUCCCUGUGGAUGACAAGCGAUACCGGUACGCCUUCCACAGCUCCUCCUGGCUGGUGGCUGGCAAAGCCGACCCCGCCACCCCCGGCAGGGUGCACUACCACCCGGACUCCCCGGCCAAAGGGGCGCAGUGGAUGAAGCAGAUCGUUUCCUUCGAUAAGCUCAAACUGACCAACAACUUGCUGGACGACAACGGGCAUAUCAUUUUGAACUCCAUGCACAGAUACCAGCCGCGUUUUCACGUGGUCUACGUGGACCCCCGGAAAGACAGCGAGAAAUACGCGGAGGAGAACUUCAAAACCUUCGUCUUUGAGGAGACGCGCUUCACGGCCGUGACCGCCUACCAGAACCACCGGAUCACGCAGCUGAAGAUCGCCAGCAACCCUUUUGCCAAGGGAUUCAGAGACUGCGACCCUGAGGACUGGCCCAGGAAUCACAGGCCGGGGGCCCUUCCUCUCAUGAGUGCUUUUGCCAGAUCGCGGAACCCCGUGUCCUCCCCUGCGCACCAGAAUGGCACAGAGAAAGACGCAGCCGACGCCCGCCGCGACUACGAGCGGGAGGCGGCCGCCGGGGCCCCGCUGCACGCCGAGGCCGCGCACCAGCAGCUCCUGGCGCGGGUGCUGAGCCCGGCGCUGCCCGGCGGAGGAGCAGGAGCGGCAGCAGGAGGAGGAGGCGGCGGCCUGGUGCCCCUGGGGGGCGGCGGCGGGCGGCCCAGCCCCCCCCACCACGAGGUGCGGCUGGAGGCCGGCGAGGCGCUGCAGCAGCACCCCUACAAGUACCCGCCCGCCGCCUACGAGCACUACCUGGGGGCCAAGAGCCGGCCCGCCCCCUACCCGCUGCCCGCCAUCCGCGGCCACGGCUACCCGCACCCGCACCACCCGCACCACCACCAUCACCACCACCACCCCGUCAGCGCCGCCAACGUCUACCCGCCGCCCGCCGGCCCCGCCGCCUACGACUACGGGCCCCGGUAACGCCGCCCGCCCCCCCCCGGCCGCCGCCGCCUCCUCCUCCUCCUCCUUCCCCGGCCCCGCGUGCCGCGACCGUUAAACGGCCGCUCCCCUCAGCCGCCUCCUUCCCGCCUUUCGCUCUCGGCCCGCCCUGCGCGGGAGCUGAUAGGCCGGCUCGGUGAUUGACAGGCGGUGCGGCCAAUGGUGGGGCGGUGCCGCCGUGAGGGGGCCGGGCUGUGAGGGGAUGGCCGCCGCCUCCCGGCGCUCAGCGGAGCCUCUGGGCGUUGUCCCGCCGAGCCCCGCUCGGGGCUGAGGUGCCGGGGAAGCGGCGAGGGGCCGGGACCGAGGCCCCGCCAUCGCCCGGCCCCGAGGACGGUGCGAGGCUGGCCGGGGCGGCGGCGGGCCCCGGGAAGGGGCCUCGCCUGCACCAACUGCCGGCAGCCGGCCCGGGACCCUCGGGCUCACCGCGGGGGCUGCUGGAGGAGACUGUGAAAGGACACAGAGUUUAACCUAAGGGAACACUUGGAACCGUCACUGUAAGCGCUGCACCCCGCUGCUGAGCUGCCCGGCAGCGCUGGGCCUCACCCUGCGGGCCGAGCAGCGCUGGCGAGGCCGCGGCCGCCAGCACAGCCACGAGCUGCUCCCCGCUCUCCCACCAAGGUGUAAAAACGAGGCUGGGGGUGCGGGGGGCAUCCCCGCGGGGUAUUCGCAGCAAUAGGUUGUGGUCUGGCUGCUUCCCGAGGCAGCCUCACAACACUGCCUUCCUACACCCUGCACUGAGCUCCUGGUGCUCUCCCACUGAGAGGUGCCUUUUAGAGGAAAUGGGCAGCUUUUCCCCUUAUAUUUGGUUCACCCAAACUGCCGUAGUCCCAAAGCACCUAUUCUGCACCUACCUGCUUGCUGCAUUUCCUCUUAAAGCUGGUAAGUACUUUUUUUUUAACUAUCUCCUUCAGCAGUCUUUCCGUACAUGUUGGAAAGAUGGACCUGUUCAUCACGGGUUACUCCAGUGAUGCGUUUUGGCUGGUGUUUUUUUUAUCAACUGCUCAUCGAAUGUCAGACAUGUUGUGUUCAGAGAAGGUAUAGAACAGCUCCUCAGCUGUGUUGGUAUACAGUAUUAUGAACACUUUCCCAAUUCUUCCACGUGAUUCUAUGAAAAGAAGAGGGGAUAUUUUUCUUCUUCUAAGACCUCCAUUCGUCCAUGUUUGUGCAUUUUCAGUAUAAACUCCGCAACUGUUUGAUAUCUUUUAAAAUAUAAUCCCUUUGUGCAGGUGGCAGUGUUAAUAGCAACAUUUAUUCUGUCUCACAGUGGGCAUUGGGCUUCCAAAACUUUUUGGAAGGAUUUAAGAAGGGGUGCAGGAUAACAUGAAUAUUUUAUGUGUAUUUUUUUUUCCUGUUAUAAAAAAUAUAUCUGGAUCCAUGAAAAAGACUUGUGCAAGAAAUAUGUAUUUUAUUUGACAUUUGCAGUGAAUUGUGAGAUUCUUAGUGUCUGACUAAACCAUAAUUAAUGUUCUCAGAAAGGUUGAUGUAAAAUAGCCUUGUGCUUGUUAUUGGUCAGUGGGAAAAGGCUCUCUGAUGUGCUCUGUUGCUUUGCCACUGUUAUUUCAGAGUAUUCAGUUAUGAUUUGUUAUGUGUAAACGGAUUAGUGCCAAAGCUUUGGUCAAACGUUUAAUGAAGUUGUUAUAUUUAUUAUUUCUUUCAAAGAUUAUACAAAUGCUUUUUUUUUUUUUCCUGUUAGUUCCAGAGUAGGGAAAAAGUGAAGACAACCAAAGAAUCAUAGCUGCAAACAGUGUAGAUAAUUGUAGAUAUUUGUAGAUAUAUGUAGAUAAUCUUAUUAUGUUUAAAUUGAAAAGACAUUGGACAGUGACAUUUAUAAAUGCUUUUCCUCUUCUUUC